CUAGGUAAAAUCAUGAAGAAUCAACUCUCUAGUCAAGUGAUCCAAAAUUCAAGAUGCUCAGCAGCAUAUUUACUUGAUAAAUCAAGAAAAAGAUUAUUGCAGAAUAGUCAUUCAGAUGAAUAUCCCAAAGUUGAAAAAGGUGGAGUGGAGUCAUUGAUCAGUAGGAAAUACAGAUUCGGCAUAAAAACAGACAAUUUUGCAAAAGGCAUCCGAGAGCAUGUUAGAUUGGCACCAAAGUUAACAGAAACGGUCAAGGGGAAGUUGAGCUUGGGGGCAAGAAUUCUUCAAUUAGGUGGAGUGGAGAAGGUGUUCAAGCAGCUUUUCAGCGUCACCGAUAGUGAAAAAUUGUCGAAGGCUUCUCAAUGCUAUUUAUCAACAACAUCAGGUCCAAUUGCAGGUCUACUUUUCAUUUCUACGAAUAAAGUUGCUUUCUGCAGUGAAAGAUCAAUCAAAAUUCUUUCUCCAACAGGAAAGCAACUCAGAAUCUAUUAUAAGGUUUCAAUCCCGUUGAGAAAGAUAAAGAGAGCAAGUGCAAGUCAGAAUUUGGAAAUACCAUCACAGAAGUAUAUGGAAGUAGUUACACAGGACAAUUUUGAGUUCUGGUUCAUGGGAUUCUUAAAUCUCCGAAAGACCUUAAAGUUUCUUCAGCAGGUGAUAGCAUCUCAAGCUCAGUGACUAACAAAUGUUGGUGAAGCAUCAACAAGCCUUUACCCUCUUUUUUCUCUUGAGGUGUAUAGAUUGUACAUGGAAGACAGCCGUGAUGAUGAAAAUCUACUCUGUUGAUAUUGUAAUGCAGGGUUACCAAUUAUUAUCAAAAUUGUAAUCCUUUUAUAAUUACUGAAGUUUUUAGAGCAUGAU